ACAGGAGACCUGCAUCAAAUAUAAGCUACUGCUCAGUUCAAUUCAAUUCAAAAUUGAGGGUGAAAUUUAUAAAUUAAGUCAAACAUCCUCUGAACAGGGAUAUUAUUAGGCAUGGGCACUCUCAUCUUCCAUGGAAUUAAGCUUAUCAAAUCUAAAAUUUGAAUAUAACUAGAAUUAAAUGAAAAAGGUUAAAAUUAAAAUCCGUUAGAUCCAUGUGAAUAAAGAGACCUCUAAAAUAAAUAAAUAAAUAAAUAUAGGCGGUUUACAAUAGCGAAAUGGACGGCGCCGUUUCUUGUGCCUAUUCUGACCUUUGUAGGGAGCUUCUGACUUCCGAUAGAGAGAGACUGAGAAAUGGCGCAACCGAGCAAAGAGCCGUGCAAGAAAGAAGCUUGCGACAUUCAAGCUUGUCUCUCCAAGAACAACUUCCUCCCUCAAAAGUGCCUUAAAGUCAUUGAAAAACUUCAGACUUGCUGUGAGAAAUGCGAGUACAAGUCAACACAUUGUGGUUCUUUGUCCGGCCUUCUGAAGCAAAUUUCCAAGUGAGGCUGAGAGCCUAACCUACAUAUCUUGCAUGCAAACUAAAAGGUCAAUAUCUUGCUUGUUUCUAUGGAAUACUACAGAACCAAAACCUUGGAUACAAUUUCCACAUUUCACA